AUGGAAGAAGCAGGGGAUUUUCGUAAAAUGAAUUACGAUAUCUCUAAGUAUAACAGGUCCAAAACGGGAGGGAAAGAGGAACUAAGUGCUUGUAUAGUGGAUAUCCAAUUUAUAAAACGACAGAAAAAAAGCAAGGGUUAUGAUAUAGGCAAGAAAGUCAAUGGUGGAAAGAGGCAUAUAAUCACAGCAUUUGUGCUUGUUUGCUAUGUCGGAGCUGCCAAUGAGAGCGACAGAGAUAGUAUAAAAAUAGCAUUAGAUAACAUGAAGAAAAAAAUAUAAUAAAAUUAGAAAAAUAUUCGCUGACAUGGGAUAUCAAGGAAAAGAUUUAAAAGAAUAUGGAAUAAAAAUUGAAAUUGUAAGAGGUAUCUGUGAAGAUUUUUGGGUGCAUCAAGACACUCCACCGGAAUUAUUAGCCCAACGAGACCCAGGACAUUUAAAGUGCAGCCCAAGGGGGGGGGCUUGUAGAAGACUUUUGAUUGGAUCAAUAGGGAUAGGAAGCUAUCGAAAGAAUGUGAUUUACUUAUAACAUCUACUGAAUAUUUAAUAUAUUUGGCCAUAAGUAGGGCUGUACUAAAAGGGAAAUAUACUUGAUUAAUGGUUUGUGAACAACCUUAAACCAUACAGCCCCACUAUAUAACUAUAUAUUAUCCUCGUUUAAGGAGUUAUUAUGUGACAAGUAUUACAUGGGUGCGCCAAAACAAUAUAGGAGGUGUGUAGAGUAAUACAAAACAGUAAAGAGAGUAUAGCAAAGCUUGCAGAGCACUAUAAUCUUAAUCCGAAGGCUAUUGUAAAAUGGAAAAAACGCUCAUUUGUUAUAGACGCUGCAAUUGGCCCAAAACAUGGAAAAUCAAAGAUGUCAACUCAAGGGGAAGAAGCAAUAAUUGUCACUUUUCGCAAGCAUAUACUUCUUCCUUUGGACAAUUGCCUUUAUUCUUUGCGGGCCAUAAUUCCUUGUUUAACUCGGUCUAGUUUGCAUCAUUGUUUGCAAAGACACGGCAUUAGCAUACUGUCAGAUGUUGAAGGAGAGAUAAAAGCCAAAAAGAAAUUCAAGCUAUGUCCAAUCGGUUAUUUCCAUAUUGAUAUCGCAGAAGUUAUAACAGAAGAAGGGAAGUUACAGCUAAACUUGCUUAUGUUAAACUGCAUAAUAACGCUAUAAAACCAAUAGCUACUGAGUUUUUGCGUAAUUUAAUCAAAAUUACCCUAUGAGAAUUAAGAACGUCAUAAACACGCUUUUUAGCGCAUAUUUGAUAGAGUUUUCAAAAAUGACAUUGAACAUCGUCUUACUAAAAUCUGACAUCCCUCGACAAGUGGCCAAGUUGAGCGUAUGAAUAGGAUGCUAAAAGAUGUUGUAGUUCAAGGGUAUUACUCUACUAAUCUCAUUAGUAACUCAAAGAGCAUCUUUAUAGCUUCGUUAUGGCCUACAAUUAAGCUAAAAGACUCAAAGCUCUUAAGGAACUCACACCUCUUGAAUUCGUAUGUGAUUAGUGGACAAUAUUUCCUGAUUUAUUUAUACCCAAUACUCGCCUUCAUACUUUGGGAGGAUGUAAUUAGUGUAAACACUCCGCGAUAAAAUGUGUUAUUAUAUGUAAAAGCGUACCACUAAAUUAUAUGACAAAUAUUAGAAUAGAAGUUUUAGAUAAAUGUACGCAAAUUAAUGUCUACUCUAUUUACAUAGACAAAGAAUUAACGUCGAAACUAUGCGAGGAAAUUUGUGCCUUGUUUUAUAAUAAAACCAUCCAAAAUUACCGUUACUAUCUCUAUAAUGAGAGCCUUGAAGAAGUGCGAUAUGAAUUUAUAGAAUCGUGGGUAGAAUGGGAACUUGAGAUAAGCCUCCUACCUGGCAUGACUGAUAAUUUAGGUAAUACAACAAGACGCAUUGUUAGAGAGUAUUUAAUAAGUAAGGGUUGUAUAGAUAAGAAUAUUUAUAUCAGCGGAAAAAGUUCCAGAUUAAUACUGGGCAAAGAAGACAUACCCACUGAAUAUGAUAUAAAGCAAAACUUCAAUUCUAUUGUUGAAUAUUGCACGCUCAUAUACAAAGAAAAUG